AUGAACAUCCUCCACUCCACCCUCUCCACCUGGCGCGACCGCCUGGCCCCGAUCUCCCGCACGUCCACCUUCCGCAGCACGGGACAAAUAACGCCCGAAGAGUUCGUGCUGGCGGGCGACUACCUAGUCUACAAGUUCCCGUCAUGGUCGUGGGCGGACGCCUCCACGCCCGCAAAGCGCGUCUCGUACCUGCCGCCCGGCAAACAGUUCCUGGUGACGCGCGGCGUGCCGUGCCAUCGGCGGCUGAAUGACAACUUUGCGGGCGAUGCGGGGAUCGAGGAUGAGGUUGUCAGGGAUAUGUUAGCGGGGGAUGGCGAUGGCGAUGGCGAUGGCGAUGAUGAUGAUGAGGGGUGGUUGAGGACGGGGGCAGCGGGGAAUAAUGCUUCGGGGGGUGGGAGGGAACAGGCAGAGACGGGGGCGGGAGCGAGGAUCGGUGAUGUGAGGACGGUGGAUGAGGCGGGGAAUAUGCGCGAACGGGAGGAGGAUGAGGCCGAGGAUGAGGACGAGGAGAUUCCUGAUAUGGAGGAUGAGGAUGAUGAUGAGGAGGCCAUUAUAAGGGAGCCUGUCGGGGGAGGAACGAUGCAACCAACCCGAACCUACAACCUCUACAUAACCUACGCGAACUUCUACCGAACCCCCCGCCUCUACCUAUCCGGCUAUCUCAGCGCCUCCCUCCCCCUCCCACCCCCCCUAAUGAUGGAAGACAUCGUGGGCGACUACAAAGACAAGACCGUGACGCUAGAAGACUUCCCCUGGUUCGAAGGGGGCGUGAAAAUGGCCACCGUGCACCCCUGCCGCCACGCCUCCGUCAUGAAGACCCUGCUGGAUCGCGCGGACGCCGCGCUGAAGAUCCGGCGCGAGAAGCUGAAGGCAGCGGCGAAGGCGGGGGAGCAGCAGCAGCAGCAGCAGCAGGAAACGAAGGGGCUGGAGGGCUUGGUGGAUGAUGUGAGGGGGUUGUCUGUUGGGGAACAUGCGGGUGGUGAUGAGUGGGAGAUGUUGCAGCAUGAGCAGGAGGAGGAGCAGGUGGCUAUUCGCGUGGAUCAGUAUCUGGUCGUGUUUUUGAAGUUUAUUGCGAGUGUGACGCCGGGGAUCGAGCAUGAUUUUACAAUGGGGGUUUAA